AUAUUCCUUUAUUAUAUAGAGAACACAGUUUUACAGUGAUCAGUAAUUGGACGCGCUUGGUGCACUUAUAUCUACACUGUUACUUUAAGAGGUGGAAAGAUCAAUGAGAUAUCCACAAUGAGGGACUCCAUAUGUCUCAUACUUCUCUACCUAAUGUGGCCGUCCUGUCUGCUGGGUGCCAAAACAUUCUUAAUCUACAAUGCCUCAAGCAAGCAAUGUCUUCAAGCAGAGGAUUCUGCGCUCGUCGUGGCCGAAUGUGAUGACAAAUCCAUUAUGCAAAAAUUUCGGUGGAUUUCUACAGAGCAGCUUAUCAAUGUAGGGACAUCACAAUGCUUGUCUGUAUCUUCUAUGGCCCAAAUGUCAGCGGUGGUGCUACAUACAUGUGACCUCGACAGUGACCUCCAAAAAUGGAAAUGCAAAAAUGAGACUUUGUUUGGUAUCCACAAAGGUCAUCUUUACAUGACCUACACAGAUAACAAAAUUGCUCUCUACUCACCAAAAGGAGCCUGGAGCCAAUGGCAAAUCCAUUUGACAAAGGAUAACUUGUGUGCUAACCCUUAUGAAGAAAUAUACACGCUAUCGGGAAAUAGUAACGGUCAACCCUGCAAGUUCCCCUUCAAGUAUCGCAGCAAAAUUUAUGUAGACUGUACAACUGCCGGAAAAAGCGAUGGAUCAGCCUGGUGCUCCACAACUUCAGAUUAUGGCAAGGACGAGUUAUAUGGACUAUGUCCAUCUACAUCCACGUCUGACAGCUUGUGGACAACAGAUUCAGGUACUGGCGUCAACUAUCAGAUUAACUCCUAUUCAGCCCUCACUUGGUACCAAGCCAGGAGAAGCUGCCAGCAGCAAGAUGCAGAACUGCUGAGUAUAACCGAGCUACAUGAACAAUCAUACGUAUCAGGGUUAACACAUGGCCUCACCACAGCCUUAUGGAUCGGGCUCAAUAGGCUGGACGUUAAUGCUGGCUGGAGAUGGGAUGGUGGAAGUCCUUUUAGAUAUCUCAACUGGCUUCCAGGAAAUCCAUCGGAAGAAUCAGAUUGUGUAGCAUUGAAUGCUGGAAAAAACGCAAAGUGGGAAAACAAGGAAUGCAUGCAAAAGCUGGGCUAUAUCUGUAAAAAAGACAACAGCAAGAGCUCUGAUGUCCCCUCUCCCGGAACCAAUGACCCCAUCUCUUGUCCUUACUCAUGGUCUCCUUAUAAUGGAUACUGCUAUUACCUAGUCCGUGAUGCUAAGAUAUGGAGGAAAGCCUUGUUAUCUUGUAACCGAGAAGGGGGCAACCUUGCAAGUCUGCACAAUAUUGAGGAAGCAAGUGCUAUUACCACCCAGUUUCAGUUUGGAGAUGCAGAAUAUGUGUGGCUUGGGUUGAAUGACUUGAAGAAACAGUUAUUUUUUGAAUGGAGCGAUGGGUCACCAGUGACAUAUACAACAUGGCAGACAGGAGAACCAUCUCACUUCAGUGACGGACAAGAGGAUUGUGUGGCAUUAUCCACUAAGGACGGACAUUGGGCAGACCAGAACUGUGAAAAAAUGUUUCCAUACAUUUGUAAAAAAGAUCCAUUGCCAAAUGCUAUAGAGGAAGUUAUCAAUGUGAACCCGGGAUGUGAAAAGGGCUGGAAUAGACACGGCUACUACUGCUAUCUAAUAGGUGAAUCGCCUGGUUCAUUUGCAGAAGCUAACAACUCGUGUAAUCAUAAUGGAGCCUUCCUGAUGACUGUGGAUGACAGGUUUGAACAGGCCUAUUUAACAAGCCUGAUUGGACUUACAGCUGAGAAAUAUUUCUGGACAGGACUUUCUGACACGGAGGAUAGGAACACUUUUACGUGGGCAAACAGGCAAAAAGUCUUAUACACGCACUGGAAUGCAGACAUGCCAAACAGAAGACAGGGCUGUGUUGCUAUGAGAACUGGAAAAAAAGCUGGAUUGUGGGAUGUUAUAAAUUGUGAGGAGAAAGUUAAGUAUGUGUGCAAGAAGUGGGCACAAGGAGUGACGACACUACCUCCACCAACCACCACAGCAGAACCAAGGUGUCCAAGUAACUGGACUUCAUCAAACCAUUCAUGUUUCCAGUUUUACUCUGAAGAAAAUUAUGAUAAAAAGACCUGGUUUGAAGCAAGAGAUUUUUGCAGAGCUAUAGGAGGAGACUUACUCAGUAUCACUAACAAGGAGGAUCAGGAGGCAGUGUCAAGAAUGAUGAGAGCAAGAAGUGAGGAAACGGAUUCAUACUCAUGGUAUGGCGAAUACGAUGCACAUUUCUGGAUUGGUUUAUGGCGCAGUAAUCUGGAUGAAGGCUUCACAUGGUCAGAUGGUUUGCCUUUGCAUUAUCAAAACUGGCAUUCUUCGGAUCCUGAUCACAAUGAGGAGGAGUCCUGCACGAUAUUUGAUGGAUUAAGGUGGAACGAUCUAAACUGUGAUGCUUUAUUCGAAUGGAUGUGUAAGAUGCAAAAAGGAGCCGAAUUAAAGGAAGAACCCAAACCGAUUGAAUAUAAAUUUACAAGUGACGGCUGGCUUAUCUACAAUGACAGCCAAUACUAUAUUAGCACAGAAGAAAUGCCGAUGAAUCAAGCACAAGAAUUUUGUAACCACAAUUUUUCCCACCUUGUCACUAUUCACAGUGAAUCGGAGAGAACAUUUAUCUGGAAAUAUAUUAGAACCAAUAGAACAGAAAUAUCGUAUUACAUUGGUUUACGUUUGGGACUGGAUAAAGAAUUUAAGUGGAUGGACGGUUCCCCAGUUGACUUUGUCGCCUGGGCGUUAAAUCAGCCUGACUUUGCCAAUGAAGAGGAGUCUUGCACAGAAAUGCUUAAAGAACGAGGACUUUGGCAUGACAUAAAUUGUGGUCUUUCUAAAGCAUUUAUCUGUGAAAGGACAAACAGUUCCAUCCAUGCAACAUUUGCCCCGACUGUUCCUGCCCCAGAAGGUGGAUGUCCAUCUGGUUGGCUUUCAUUUGGACAAAUGUGUUAUGGAAUAUUUGGCACAGAAGAAGGUGAAGCCGUUCACUGGGAUAAUGCCAGACGCGAAUGUCAGUCCUUGGGAGGAAAUCUGGUCACCAUAAAUGAUGAUCUGGUACAAACUUUUUUGAUGUCCAAUUUAAAAGAUGUUAAGAUCGAUGUCUGGAUCGGAUUAAACGACAAGAAGAAGGAAAUCAAGUUUGUUUGGACAGAUCAAAGUGGAGUGCAUUAUACAAACUGGGCCAAAGGUCAUCCACGGGGUUACUGGUCUAAAUCGAGAUUCUUCAGACCAGGCAACAUUUUUCCAGUCUUCAACAGUCCAAUUUUGACUGAUUGCGUGGCUUUGCAAGUUGAAAGCGUAUUGGCCGCUGGAACCUGGAUCGAACAGGAAUGUAGUGUGAACAGAGGAUACAUCUGCCAAAAAUAUAUGGAUCCAAGUCUACCGGUUAUCCCCACCACUUCUCCUGCCCAUAACCACUUGAAAUAUGGAGAGGCCCGCUACAAGUUUGAUAGAACCAAGAGAACAUGGGAUCGUGCCCGUCAGGAGUGCCUGAAGGAUAAUUCGCAGCUGGCCAGCAUCUUAGACGAGUACACCACAUCUUUCCUUAAGCUCCGCUUGGUUAAACUUAAGGAGCCCUUUUGGAUCGGCCUAUUCAGUAGUAAUGAGACCAAAAAUACAUAUAAGUGGGUUGAUAACUGGAGAGUACGCUACACAAAAUGGGCCGCUGAGGAGCCACGUAAAGACACUUCCUGUGUAUAUGUGGAUACUGAUGGAAAAUGGAAGACGUCGGCUUGUAAUGAGAGUUAUGCUUCCAUCUGCAAAGAAACAAAUGUUGUCGCUCCCACUGACCCACCUGAAACGCCAGGAACAUGCCCAAACAUAACCUCAGAGGUUUGGAUUCCUUUCCGUAACCACUGCUAUCUUUUCCAAUCAUCAUCCUCCUCAAGCUGGCACGAGGCAGCCUUCCAAUGUCUUCAAUAUGGUGCCCGUUUAGCUUCCAUUGAAGACUCAACUGAAUUAGAUUUCCUCAUUCGUCACUACUGAGUUGCUCAGUGACCGGGAAGGAGUAUUUUGGAUUGGACUUUACAAGGAUCUGGAAGACAGGUGGCUUUGGGUAGACAAUACACCCGUGGACUUUGUAAACUGGAAUAAUGAGGUCCCCUCUGAAGAUCUAUCUUUACAAUGUGUGAUGAUGAAUGCCAAAAAAGGAACAUGGGAUAUCUCCUGGUGCUAUGGACAUCGUGGGUACAUAUGUAAGACACUAAAAAAAGAAAAGCCCUCACAUGGCAGGACCAUUGUUCCGGUUGUUCUUGUCGUACUUAUCGUUGCCGGCAUCGCCACCGCAGGCUUCUUCAUAUACAGGAG